AUGGCUGACCCCUAUCAAAACAACAUUUACCACCAAGAAGGGGUUGACAGAUAUGGGACUUACGGAGAAGGUGGUGGCCAUGAUGGAUAUGGUUACCAGGAAGACUUCCCUCCCCAGGAAGAGGAUGCAGCGAGCGAUGAAACCGAAGGACAUGAUGAAGAGGAUCAGAUGUACGAAGGAGAAUAUCAGGGGAUACCGCAUCCUGACGAGCUGAAGGCUGCACAGAAAGCCGCACGGGCUAAAGCUCGAACAGCCGGCAGUGCAGUCUCUGAACUAGAAGAGUUAUCUGAACAAUACGAGGACAUCAUGGAGGACUGUGGCCACGGAAAGUUCCAGUGGACGCUCUUUAUGGUACUUGGCCUGGCUCUGAUGGCUGAUGGAGUGGAAUGCUUUGUGGUAGCAUUCGUUCUUCCAUCUGCAGAGAAGGAUCUGUGUCUCUCCAACGGAGAGAAAGGAAUGUUGGGUCUCACUGUCUUUCUGAGCAUGAUGGUAGGAGCGUUCCUGUGGGGCGGUCUGGCAGACAAAGUUGGCCGUCGGCGCUGUCUGAUGGUGGCAUUAGAAAUAAACUGUGUCUUUGGCUUCCUGUCUUCGUUUGCCCAGGGCUACGGUUUCUUCAUCUUCUUCAGGCUGCUGUCAGGCGUUGGUAUUGGUGGCACAGUGCCGAUCGUGUACUCAUACUUCUCAGAGUUUCUUCAGAUGGACAAGAGAGGAGAGCAUCUGUCCUGGUUGUGUAUGUUCUGGAUGAUUGGUGGGAUAUAUGCUUCGUUCACUGCCUGGGGAAUCAUACCCAGAUACGGAUGGGGGUUCAGCAUGGGCACAGAGUUCCAGUUCCACAGCUGGCGGGUGUUUGUCUUGGUUGCAGCUCUUCCUGCUAUCACCUCUCUGGUUGGACUCACCUUCAUGCCUGAGAGUCCUCGCUUCCUCCUGGAGAAUGCCAAGCAUGAUGAGGCGUGGAUGAUCCUGAAGCAAGUCCAUGACACCAACUGGAGGGCCAAGGGUCAGCCAGAAAAAGUCUUUACUGUGACUCACAUCAAGACGCCUAAGACAGCAGAGGACGAAUUCAUUGAGAUCCAGAGUGCUACAGGAACAGCAGUACAACGAUGGGCUGUACGCUCACUAACACUCUGUAAACUGGUGAUGAGGAACGUUGCAUCACUGUUUUCUGCAGAACUGAGGUUUUCUACACUCUUCAUGGCCAUCAUCUGGUUCUGCAUGGCUUUCAGUUACUAUGGUCUGUCUGUUUGGUUCCCUGACAUGAUCAAGCACCUUCAGUAUAACGAGUAUGAGUCCAGGGUCAAGGUGUUCCAUAAAGAGCGAGUGGAGAACUUCCAUUUUAACUUUUCUUUAGAGAACCAGAGACAUGAAGAAGGGGAAUACAUCAACGACAAGUUCAUCAGUAUAGAGAUGAAGUCAGUGAAGUUUCAGAACUCACUGUUUGAAGACUGUCGCUUUGAAGACAUCAAGUCCACAGACACUGUGUUUGAAAACUGCACCAUCCGUUCCACUGCCUUCUAUAACACAGACCUGUGGGAAGAGAAGUUCAUCAACUGUAAAAUGGAAAACACCACCUUUGAGCGCAACAAAAAUGGCUGCCACCUGGACACUGUCGAGGAGAACGACGUUCUCAUUUACCUGGUCAGCUUCCUGGGCAGUCUGGCGGUGUUGCCAGGCAACAUCAUCUCAGCCCUCUUUAUGGACAAGAUCGGCAGGGCCAAGAUUAUAGGUGGUUCCAUGCUCAUUUCAGCGGGCUGUACCUUCUUCCUGUUUAUGAGCUUCAGCCAAUCAGCGAUCAUCGCCUUGCAGUGUCUGUUCUGUGGCGUCAGUGUAGCUGCAUGGAACGGCAUGGAGGUAGUGACCGUGGAGCUGUACCCUGCUUCUAAAAGGGCCACAGCGUUCGGCGUGCUGAACGCUCUGUGUAAGCUGGCGGCGGCGCUCGGCAGCUCUAUCUUCACCAGCUUUGUUGGCAUCACCAAAGCCGUCCCCAUCCUGUUGUCCUUCACUGCAUUAGUGUGUGGUGGCCUUGUGGCCCUCAAACUGCCCGACACCAGAGGGAAAAUUCUCCAGUGA